GCGGUGGCGACCCAGCGGGGCUCGGAGCUGGCGGCCGCCAUGGAGGGCCUGGCGGGCUACGUGUACAAGGCGGCCAGCGAGGGCAAGGUGCUGACCCUGGCCGCGCUGCUGCUCAACCGCUCCGAGAGCGACAUCCGCUACCUGCUGGGCUACGUCAGCCAGCAGGGCGGCCAGCGCUCCACGCCGCUCAUCAUCGCCGCCCGCAACGGCCACGCCAAGGUGGUGCGCCUGCUGCUGGAGCACUACCGCGUGCAGACGCAGCAGACCGGCACCGUGCGCUUCGACGGGUAUGUCAUUGACGGUGCCACCGCGCUCUGGUGUGCAGCAGGAGCUGGGCAUUUCGAAGUUGUUAAGCUUCUCGUCAGCCACGGAGCCAACGUGAACCACACCACAGUCACUAACUCGACGCCCCUGCGGGCGGCCUGCUUUGAUGGCAGACUGGACAUUGUGAAGUACUUGGUGGAGAACAAUGCCAACAUCAGCAUUGCCAACAAGUAUGAUAACACCUGCCUGAUGAUCGCAGCGUACAAGGGACACACCGACGUGGUCAGGUACCUUCUCGAGCAGCGGGCCGACCCCAAUGCCAAAGCGCACUGCGGAGCCACAGCGUUACACUUCGCCGCCGAAGCUGGCCACAUAGACAUCGUGAAAGAGCUGAUAAAAUGGCGCGCUGCUAUUGUGGUCAAUGGCCAUGGGAUGACGCCGUUGAAAGUUGCUGCGGAGAGCUGUAAAGCAGAUGUUGUCGAGCUCUUGCUCUCUCAUGCUGACUGUGACCGAAGAAGUCGGAUCGAAGCUUUGGAACUUUUGGGUGCCUCCUUUGCAAAUGAUCGUGAGAACUAUGACAUCAUGAAGACAUACCACUAUCUGUAUCUAGCUAUGUUGGAGAGGUUUCAAGAUGGCGAUAACAUUCUCGAGAAAGAGGUUCUACCACCGAUCCACGCGUAUGGGAAUAGAACUGAAUGUAGGAAUCCUCAGGAACUGGAGUCCAUUCGCCAAGACCGAGACGCUCUUCAUAUGGAAGGCCUUAUAGUUCGUGAACGGAUUCUAGGUGCUGACAACAUUGAUGUUUCCCAUCCUAUUAUUUACCGGGGAGCUGUUUACGCAGACAACAUGGAAUUUGAACAGUGUAUCAAGCUGUGGCUACAUGCCCUGCACCUCAGGCAGAAAGGCCACAGGAAUACCCAUAAGGAUCUUCUUCGCUUUGCUCAAGUUUUCUCCCAGAUGAUACAUUUGAACGAGACUGUGAAGGCCCCAGACAUUGAGUGUGUUUUGAGAUGCAGUGUUCUGGAAAUAGAGCAGAGUAUGAACAGGGUCCGAAGUGUCCCUGAUGCCGAUGUCCACAGUGCCCUGGACAACUAUGAAUGUAAUCUCUACACCUUUCUGUACCUGGUGUGCAUCUCCACCAAGACCCAGUGCAGCGAAGAAGACCAGUGCAGGAUCAACACGCAGAUCUACAACCUCAUCCACCUGGACCCCCGCACGCGCGAAGGCUUCUCGCUGCUGCAUUUGGCCGUCAACUCCAACACGCCCGUCGAUGAUUUCCACACCAAUGAUGUCUGCAGCUUCCCCAACGCACUUGUCACCAAGCUCCUGCUGGACUGUGGCGCGGAGGUGAACGCAGUAGACAACGAGGGCAACAGUGCCCUGCACAUUAUCGUCCAGUACAACAGGCCCAUCAGCGAUUUUUUGACCUUGCACUCUAUCAUCAUCAGCCUCGUCGAAGCUGGCGCUCACACUGACAUGACAAAUAAGCAGAACAAGACGCCGCUGGAUAAGAGCACGACGGGGGUCUCCGAAAUUCUCCUCAAAACUCAGAUGAAGAUGAGUCUCAAGUGCCUGGCUGCCCGAGCAGUUCGGGCCAAUGACAUUAACUAUCAAGACCAGAUCCCCAGAACUCUGGAAGAAUUUGUUGGAUUUCAUUAAGUGACUGAAUCUGUAAAAUUGUUUAAUGUGGUGCUAAAAAGUAAAGGACUUUAAUCACAGACAAUAGUAAUUAUGUGUUCAUAAAUUUUGCUUUCCUUUCUGUUACCUUCUUCCCCACCCAUCCUUCCUUCGAUUUGGUCUUUUUGCCUCAUCUGGUGAUUUGAUCUUCAAGUACACUUUAAACAAAGCCACAUUGUUUAGGUGUAAUAUAAUCUAAGGUGUUUGGAUAUUGGUCACUUAACUGUUUUCUUUUUUUAAAAGGAGUAUAAAAUAUUUUAUGUAACAAAGGGUAGUUAUGAUUUGAGGUUGAUAAUGUUUUUAAAAAACUGCCUACAAAAGUAUUUCUGUUAGGCCUGUGUCAGCGUGUCCUCCUUUGAGCAGCUGUGAGGAUCUCGUGCAGGAAGCCGGGAAAGGAGCGUUGAGAGUGUUGGAUCCCUGGGUGUUCUGCGACCUGCUGUAGGUAGUUUUCACUUCCCAUUAUCUGGUGUGUUUGACACAUUAUAACCUUUGGAGGAUUUAAAAAAAAAAAUCAGAGCUGCAGAUGAAUUGACAAAAAUGUACUGAUUGAUUGUUACAGUUGAAAAUUCAAUCCACUGAAGUUGCUGCAUUAUGUUGGUGGUGUGUACAGAGUGAAGCUCCUCUUAGCAGCUUUUUAGAGAAUAUUGAUGGACUACUAGCCUUUGGGCUUGGAUUCUAAAAUUCUUUGAAGUCUCUGUUUUAAUGUAAUUUAUCUGAAUUGCAGCAGUCUGCAUUUUAACUUAGCUCACAGACAUGUAAAAACUAUGAAUGCUGUAUUUUCUUAUGAAACAAAUGCUCUCCAUAUAGUUAAUUAAUUCUAUUUUUGUCCCUUUCCUGCUCCCAUUCCUCUUGUGUGAAACCUUUAGAAAUUUGGAAAUUGCUUUUCCAGAGGGCAUUAUUGUUGCCUCCCUUUAAGGUGUAUAUGACAGAUGAAAAGGAACCAGGAUAUUUAAAAAUUUUUUUUUUAAAACUUUCUUAGUCUGAUAAGUAGAAAAAUGACUAGUGUGGUAUAUAUAGGAAAUGAAAUGUUUCUGAUAAUGAAAAUAAUUUGCCACUUAGGAAAGUAUUUUUGUCCAAGGGCCGCACAUUUGCAACCAUACAAUGUCACUUCUUUUAACAGCCUAGGAAGAAGUCUUUGAUGUCUUUUUUUCUUUCUUUCUGUUUUAAUGGCAACAUUCUGUCAGUUUCAAAAAGCAUAUUCUGUGAUUAUCUUUGAAGCAUCGCAGAAAUCCAAGUGAAAGGUACAUACCUAUUUCUCUUGAAGUUAAAACUAAAGGGUAAAACGCGAUAGAUCUGUAUUUCUCUAGUGCCAAAUGAUUGCCUUAGUUAUUCUAGUUCAUGGGUGUGAGUGCAGACAGGCAGCUCCCCUCUUUGAGAGCAUUUGAAUGGAGCAGCAGCAGCAGCCAGAAACUUCCAGAACCAACCUGUGACAGUGCCAGCCACCAUUCGCUGUAUGGAAGGAGUGACUAUUGCCUUGUGGCAUGUCAGAGAAAGACCCGUGGUGGAGUCAGUCUAGAACAUCCUGAUCAAGCCUUGUGUGCCUUGGAGAUGCCCCCUGGAGUGAGGUGUGUUAAGGGUGGGAGGGAGCAGGGACGGGGAGCCCUGGGACCCUUGCUUUCCUCAGUAAUGCAGGGUGGGUACUUCUGCAGUGACUGAACUUCUAUUACUCGUGUCUUCUUGCUUCAAGUGAGGAAUAUUUUGAUGGUAAAUUCUGCCUUUCAGUUUUCUAACCAGCGAUCUUUGUUGGGAAUGCUUUAGAAUGACUUAAAGGGAGAGAGUUGAGCUGGCCCCGAUGCUCCUGGUGUAAGCCAAGGAACGACUGUCUUUUGCUUUUGGCCAUGCACAUGGCCUGAAAGAGAAAAGGCAUCUCUCAGGUUGAGUGGGUCACUCCUUUGCUCACUCCGACCCGAGUUUCCCAGAUGCCGACAGUCGGAGGAAGGCCCACGGUUCUCAGUAUCUAGUGGUUCCAUUACUAAUGUGAUAAUUGUUUAAACACCAAAACUUGAAAUGUAUCAGAUAACGUUGCAUGUUUAAAUAAAAACCAUUUCAUCCUUUUGGCUACCCAGGACAGCACCACUUUAGAUAUUGCUUAUUUAUCAAAGGGAGGAUAAUGAUUCUAUGUAUAUAUACAGACAUCAAAAUUAAUGACAUUCAGGAUUUUGGAGAAGGGACCUGACUGCCGGAGAGUAAAGUUACUGGUUGAAUGCUGACUAAGUUGGAGAAAGUAUUAGAAGAUCAUGGGAUAACCUAUGAACUCUGCUAAUGGUAAUUGAGAUUUCGUUUUUUAAACUAUAGUAUAGCAGUACAUUGUGCACUGAUUGCUAAGGGUCUAUUCUGUCUUGUAAAAUAAAUCCAAAUAUGUAUCGUGAAACACCUGUAUAAAGCCAUUCUUGAAACAAG